UGUUUCCACAGAUAGUCAAAUAAAUAUCGCGCCGGAUUGUAGAAAAGUAUUUUCCAUUGGUUAACGUACUCUUAUAAAAACACGUGUUUUCUUGGCUUUCCUUUUUUCUUUUAAUAACCGUUUAAUUGUAUGUGAUAUUUAUUAAAAUAAUAAUAUUACAAUGCCGCGAUCAGUAAAAGAUUGUGACGAAGAUGUGGAAUCGAAAAUUGGUCGCAGAACUCGUGGAGCACUUGCAAAUCUUGUAACAGAUUCACCAGUCCGUCGCAGUAAUAGAAAUAAAAUGUCUGCGAAACAAUCCAGCUCCUCUUCCUUGGAUGAAUUAAUUACGGAAACAAGUACACAUAAUCUUCGUGGAGGUACACGAGACUCGAAUACAUUGGAUACAUUGUCUUCAGAAGCACAACCAAAAAAAAUGACAAGAAGAAGCGUAGCAGCAACGAUUGCUCCAGAUACACCGAAAGCUGAUACCCGGCCUAAACGGUUAACAAGGGCUGGAUCAGAAAUAGCAUCUACACCUUUAAGAUCAACUCGUAAAACAAGAGCUAGUUCUAUGGAUCCUGAACUAACACUUGAAGAAACAAUCGAAGAAACUCAAAGCAGAAUAAAUACACCGAUAAAAGUAAAAAGAAGAGCAUCAAUAUUACCAUCUCAAUCAACUCUCAUAGAGGAAGAAGAAAAAAUUCCAGUUGUAGAAUUAGAGAAGAUGGUAAUUGAAGUUGAUGAAACACCUACGAAGGUAAUCACAACUAAUGAAACAACGCCUGAAUCACAACAAAAUAAAUCUUUUGAGAAGAUUAAGAGUACUGAUAAAAUACAAGAAGAAAAGGAUCUUAACUCCGCUGAAGGACUAGUUGAUGAUUCUUCUCAAAAUAAUCGGACGGAAAUUAGUGAAGCUUCUAAAAAUUCAUUAUCUGAUAAAAUAAAUACCCCAAAGAAAGAUGAAAAUCCUGCUGUUGUAUUAACCAAAGAUGUCUCAACAGAUUCGUUGAUAGAAAUAAUUUCAAAAAGUGAAAAUACAUUAAAUGUUUCUAUAGAGAAAGAAAAAGGAAUGAAUUCCAGCAAUGAAGAAAAUGAAUGUUCUAAUGUAAAUAAUUCAAUGUCUGAACAGAAUAAAAGUACAGUUAAUCCAAAAAACAUACGCAAAGAAACUUCUACAGUUGUAAUGGAUACAUCAAUGAAAGAAGAUAAAAAUGUAGAAAGUGAUGUAGAAAACAACGAUAAUAUAAAAUUAGAUGGUUCCUGCUUAACAGAAUCUUCAAUGGGUUCAUUGGAUUCUAAUAAUACAGUAAUAAAUAACAGUAAUGUAAAUAUUGACAAUGUUCACAAUUUAGAGAAAGGAAAUAAACGUGUAUCCGUAUCAAGUACUGAAGAAAUUUCAUCGAAUGAAAAAGUACAUGAAACAAGUAGCUCAAAUAAUGAGAAAAAGAAUAAGUCAACUAUUGAGAAUUUAAAUGAGUCGAAUACCGUAUCACAUAAAGUGUUAAUAAAUGAAGAAGAUUCCAUACCAAAAGAACAGUCUACAAUAAAUGAUGAUAAUAGCAGUCAGAUACAAAUUAAAACAAUUAUUGAAGAAGAACAACGUUUAGAAACUAUUAUUCAGAACAAAAGUGAUACAGAAGAGACAAAUGGUAAAGAUGAAAUUAAAGAUAAGGCAAAUGUAUCUGUAAAUCCAAAAGAGAUUCUUACAGAUACAUCUGCAAAGAAGGAUAAUUGUAGUAAUGACGUAAGUGCAACUGAAAUAUCAAAUGUUGAGAAUAAUGAGAAAAAAUGCGAUCAAACUGCUGAAGUUGUUUCUACUUGUAAAAAUUCAACUGUUACUGAACAUAUUGACUGUUCUACCAAUGAUAAUCAAGAUAAUAUAUCUACUGAAUCAACAAUUGAAUCAUGUCUUGUUUUAGAAAUGAGCAAUGAUUCAAUUAAGGAUCUUCCCAAUGAUGCAAAUUCAACUAAAUGUUCAUUAAAAUUACAAUCUUCAGAACUUUCCAAUUCUAUUUCUGAAAAAAUUGAUUCUUCCACUGUUACAGAGUCCCAUGACAUACCAGAAGCAGAUUUACCUGAUAAGGAAAAGGAAUCUAAAAUAAGAUCAUUACCAAAAACACCAGUAAAUAAAAAGAAAUUAGUUACUGAAUCCAGUAUAUUAAAGUCAAAUGAGAAAAAGAAGAAGGAUGAUGUCCAAGGUGAUGAGGAUAGUGAUGAUGAUGUCUCAAAUAUAAAGGAAUUGUUCCAAGAUAUCUCUGCUGAUAAAUGGAAACAGAAAAGUAAGAAUAUUAAUACUGAAACUCAAGAUAAUUCAGUAAACUCGGCGACAACAGUAAAAUUGGAAACUGAUAGUGAAACAGAAUGUGAUCUUCUUUUAGUAGAUAAACAAGCAUGGUUAGCUGCAGAAAAAUUAAAAGCCAUAAAAAAUAAAGAAACAUUCGAUUAUGACUCUGAUGAUACGAUUAUAUUAAAAACUGAAUUGGAUUACCUAAAUGAUAAAUUGAGUAAUACGAAUAACAAAGAAAUAAAAUCUAAGGAUACAGUACAGGACAAUGAUAAUAAUUCUGAGAUCAAAGAAAAUACAGAAAAAUCUAAUAUCAGUUCCACGCAGUUAAGUAAGGAAGUACAAGAUGUGGAUGAAAUAGAAGAAAUUUCCAAUAAAUCAAUUAAUAAAACGAUUACUGAUAAAAAUGAUAUGAAUAUAUCAUCACAUAGUACGUCCAAGAAAGAAAAAUCACGAAGCAGGUCUUCAUGUAAUGUUAGCAAAAGCGAACUAACAAAGUCAUUAGAUAAACAAUUGGAAGAAGAAGAAAAUAAAGAAGAAGAAUAUGAUAAAGAAAUAUCUUUAACACAAAAAGUAUCUGAAAAUGUAGAAGCUACAGCUACGGUUGAUGUCAAUAAAGUAGAAAUAAAUCCAUCAGAAAGUAAGCUUAAACGGUCGUCAUUAGAUAAAAAGCAAAAUAAAAUUCGUUCCUUAAAUAGCUCAUUAAAUAGCUCAAUAAAUAAAACUAAUAAAUUAAAAUUAAAAUCUGAAAAACGCAACAGAUUAAACAUUUCUUCGAGCGAGGAAGAAGAAAAUGAUAAUAAUUCAGAAUGCGAUAAAAAUAAACUUACUCAAUUACAAUUAGGAAGUGGAAAAAAAAGAGUUAAUCCAAAUUACUCUACAAUGGUGCAUAUUGGUUCAGAUUUUUCCGAUUCUUGUGAUGAAAGUGUGGAUUCGAAUAAAAGAAAUAAUACUCCCAGAAUUCCUCGUUUCUUAUUUAGACAUAAGGAGGAUGAUAAAGAAAAAAAUGAAGAGGAUAACGAUAGUGAUGAUGGAUCCGUCGAAGGCAAAUUUUCAGAUAUAAGUAUAGAUUCUGAUAUUAAAGCAGAAUAUAAUCUUGAUGGUAAAACUAGAAAAUUCUCAGAUGAUGAUAUACCGGGAGAUGAAUGUAGAGCAUCGGAAUCUGAAUUUUCAGAUCCUGAUGACAAUGGCUCAGAUUUAACAGAUUUUGUUGUUAAUGAUGAUGAAGUUGAGGAAGAGGAAGAAGAAGAAGGAGAAGGAGAAGAAGGAGAAGAAGGAGAAGACGAAGCAGAAGAAGAAGAAGAAGAAGAAGAAGAAGAAGAAGAAGAAGUUGAAAUUGAAAUGGAAGUUGAAGAGCAGGAAGAAGACAAAGAAAAUACAAAACUAUCCGAAAAUAUGAAUAAAACAAAAGAAAUAGAUAGCAAGAAUACUACAAUAUCUUGUGAAGAAGAGGAUAAGGAAAUAGAUGACGAGAAAACAAAUAAAGGAUCUUCAAAUAAAAAAUUGAAUAUUUCUGAUGUCAAAAGUGAAAAGAAAAAGAAUAAUGAAGCUACGCAAGAAACUCAAAAUGAUACGACAUUUACAAAAAAGAAUAAAGAACCUAAUAUCUCAUUGACAUGUAGUACUCCUAAAAUCGAUGUCUUAUCAAAGCAAAAAUUAAGACAUAAUACUUCUAAAGGGGAAAACGAUAGGAAAUCUACAGAUAAAGUUUUAACAAAUGAGGAACAAGAGAAAGUACAUACAAAAAAUCUAUCUGCUGAUAAUUCUGAGAUAAAUACAUCAACAAUGAGUAAUUUAAAAACUACAAAAAAGAAAUGUUCUAUAAAAACUAGCUCUUCGGCAAGUUAUACAGAAUUAUUUGAUGAUCAAACAUUUUCUAAAAUGUUAUUAUCUAAGAACCGUUUAAAUAAAUCACUAUCACAAUGCACCGAGAUAACACCUAAGACAAAAUUUUUAAGGAAAGAAAAGUUAAAUGAUAGCUUUCCAAAUAUUAAAUUAGAAGAUAAGAAAAAUGUCUCUAAAACAAUCGAUAUCAAUGAUCAUAAAGAAAAUACUAGAGAAGAAGAUGAAAAUUCGAAAACUAUUACUGCAGAUGUCAUUGAGGAACUAGAAUCGAGCUCAUCUGCAUCAACUAAAAGGAAAAGAUCUGCAGAAAUGAUUGAUCUAAAUGAUCAAACUGAAUUGAAAAGUAAAGAAAAUAAAGUAAGUACCAAAUUGGAAAAAUAUAAUGGAUCUGACAAUGAAAACGAAAACUUUGAAAGUGAACUUAAAAAUGAUGAUAAGAAAAAGACAACGAAAAGUAAGAAAAAUAAAAAGAAUAAAAAUGCUAAGAAGGAAUUGGAGACAGCAAAUAUUGCUACUACUCCAAUGGCGAAGAAAAAUAUGGAUAAAGAUGAAGAAAUGGAAAAUGUAUCUAGUAAUAAUGAAAGUAAGACCAAGAACAAGAAGAAAAAGAAUAAAUAUAAGAAAAAUAUAGAAAUUCAAGAUAAGAGUAAUGAAAAGCUUAUGACUAUGGCUGAGAUUGAUAACAUUCCAAAUAAAAAGACAGCAAAGGUAACUUCAGAAGUUUCAACAUUGCAGGUAAAAGAAAAAUCAAAAAAACUAUUACGGAAAGAUACAAUUAAAAGUCCAGAUGCAGAAGAAUCUGUUAAAAGACCUUCAAGUACUCAAUUCAUUAGAUCAAAACAUGAAGCUUUAGAAGCUGCCAAACUUGCAAUUGAAAAGAUAAAAGCUGACAGAGAUAAGAAAAAAAAUAAUCAAAAAGACCAAUCGCAAAGAAUACAGCAACAAGAGAAAGAAAACAAAGUAAAAAAACCAGGUCAAAUAAUGACCAAGAUCUCUACACAAGGAAUUAAACGACUUCCUGCUGAUGUUAUAGAAAAUCUCUCUGAUGUACCGACUAAUCCUAUCAAAAAACAGAAAUUAAUAGAUAAAUCUGUGCAACAAAUGACAAAGAGUGGAUUUACAGGAAGGACAAAAAAUAAUCGAAAAGACCAAUCGCCAAGAAUACAGCAACAAGAGAAAGAAAUUAAAGUAAGAAAAUCAGAUCAAAUAAUGACCAAGAUCUCUACACAAGGAAUUAAACGACUUCCUGCUGAUGUUAUAGAAAAUCUCUCUGAUGUACCGACUAAUCCUUUCAAAAAGCAGAAAUUAUUAGAUAAAUCUGUGCAACAAAUGACAAAGUCACAUACAUCUAUGACAAAGAGUGGAUUUGUAGUAAGCUAUGUUACGAAAGCAAGAGGAGUUUCUUCAAAUUCUGGUAGUACAACAGAAUUUAAUAUUACUAAUUUACAAAAAACAAAGAAACGAUUACAAAAUGUUUCUCCUACUACAAUUUUUUUUAAAAAUAAGAUGUUAAAUAGGAAUUCACGAUAUCCAACUUCUUCCUAUAUAAUGUAUCUUCAGAAACAAAAAGCAGCUAACAAAGAUCAGCGUUUUACCAAACAACAAUAAAAUAUCUUAAUUAAUAGUUUAAAAUAUAAUAAUUUCUAUUUCGCAAAUUUUUACGUUAUUUAAUAACAAUUAUUGCUUUUAAUAUGGAUAGUAAUAUCAUAUAACUAAACGUGUUCUCUGCUAUAUUUAAUUAAAUAAUAAUAAUUAUAUGUUAUAGAAAUCAACUUGUUAUACAUACAUGUGUAUCCUUCAGUUUGUUUGUUUCUAUAAGUUUUACAGAGCGAAAAAUAUCCUCAAAAAAUACUAUAUAAAAUAAAUUAUCAAUUUGUUUGUUCGUUCUUUCAUUUUGUUUAUUUCCAAAUAUGCUGUUAUUUACAAUAUAGAUUUUAUCAUUAUGAUUAUAGUAUUAAAUGUAAUUCAAUAAAAAAAAAAAAGAAUUGUUUCAA